ACAGUGCUGGUCAUGUGUCAUACUCGGGAGCUGGCAUUCCAGAUUAGCAAGGAAUAUGAACGCUUCUCCAAGUACAUGCCCAGCGUCAAGGUGUCUGUGUUCUUCGGGGGCCUUUCCAUCAAGAAGGAUGAAGAGGUAUUGAAGAAGAACUGUCCGCACGUCGUCGUGGGGACACCAGGCCGGAUCCUGGCACUCGUACGGAACAGGAGCCUCAACCUGAAGAAUGUGAAGCACUUUGUGCUGGACGAGUGCGACAAGAUGCUGGAGCAGCUGGACAUGCGGCGGGACGUGCAGGAGAUCUUCCGCCUGACGCCCCACGAGAAGCAGUGCAUGAUGUUCAGUGCCACCCUGAGCAAGGAGAUCAGGCCCGUGUGCAGGAAGUUCAUGCAAGACCCCAUGGAGGUGUUUGUAGACGAUGAGACCAAGCUCACGCUACACGGACUCCAGCAGUACUACGUCAAGCUCAAGGACAGCGAGAAGAACCGCAAGCUGUUUGAUCUCUUGGACGUGCUGGAGUUUAACCAGGUGGUGAUCUUCGUGAAGUCGGUGCAGCGCUGCAUGGCCCUGGCCCAGCUCCUUGUGGAGCAGAACUUCCCGGCCAUCGCUAUCCACAGGGGCAUGGCGCAGGAGGAGCGCCUGUCACGCUAUCAGCAGUUCAAAGACUUCCAGCGGCGGAUCCUGGUGGCCACCAAUCUGUUUGGUCGAGGGAUGGACAUUGAGCGAGUCAACAUCGUCUUCAACUAUGACAUGCCCGAGGACUCGGACACCUACCUCCACCGAGUGGCCCGUGCAGGACGUUUUGGGACCAAAGGUCUGGCCAUCACUUUUGUGUCUGAUGAGAAUGAUGCCAAAAUCCUCAAUGACGUUCAGGACAGGUUUGAAGUGAACGUAGCAGAACUUCCUGAAGAAAUUGAUAUCUCUACAUACAUUGAGCAGAGCCGGUAACCACACGCCUGGUGGCCAGAGUCGCCCUGUUUCCUGAGUGCUGCUUCAA